GGCCAGUCAUCGGAAGAAGCGAUAGGCACGCUCGGCAUCUCCAUCGGCCGACUUCCCUGCUGCUGCCGGGUUCCAGAGGAAAACUGCGUUUGACCUGUUCCAAUUACUUCUCUUCGACCAUCUCUCUGAAUACGUCGUUUGAAUCUUCCAUCGAUCGUUACAGCACCUAACAUGUCCCCCAUCCGUGUCGAGGAGAGACCUCCUAGCUCGCUGUUGUACAGAGAUUUAAAAGGCCAAUUACCAGAUAUUGUCGUGGAGGCAAAGGGAUCCUACCUAUAUCUCAAAAAUGGUGCACGUAUCCUCGACGGAUGUGCAGGUGCAGGAGUCGCCUCCAUUGGACAUGGGAACGAACGGGUGAUCAACGCCGUGGCCGAUCAACUCCGCACGCUCUCUUAUCAUCAUACCUCACGUAUGACAAGUCCAGUCGCCGAAGCUCUGGGCCGCAAACUCGUCGGACAUAAGCCUGGAGGACUGUCACACGCCAUCUUUCUGUCUUCUGGUUCAGAGGCCAACGAGUCAGCCAUCAAGCUCGUCAGACAGUAUUUUGUGGAAAUUGGUAAACCUCAACGGCAACAUAUCAUCAGCAGGAACAAUUCAUAUCAUGGGAACAGUGUCGGUUGUGUCUCCUUGACCGGUCUGCCAAGCCGGCGGCGUCACUUUGCACCCAUGCUCAUGCCUCACGUAUCUCAAGUCUCCCCUUGUUACCCCUAUCGUCAACAAGGUGCAGACGAAUCAGACCAGGCAUACGCCCAGCGUCUAGCGGACGAGCUCGAACAGGAGAUCCUACGCGUGGGAGAGGACUCUGUCGCUGCAUUCUUCGUCGAGACUCUCGGUGGGACCGCUGCUGGAAACUUGGUCGCUGUUCCGGGAUACUUCAAGGCCGUCCGUGAAGUGUGCGACAAGUACCAAGUCUUAUUGGUGCUCGAUGAGAUCAUGUGCGGAAUGGGACGGACAGGAAAGCUUCAUGCAUGGGAAUGGGAGGGCGUGUCACCCGAUAUCCAAACGAUCGGAAAGGGUCUCAAUGGAGGAUACCAGGCUCUGUCAGCCGUGCUCAUCAACGAACGCGUGGUUGACGGCUUACGGCAAGGUUCCGGAGCAUUCGCCAACGGUCAGACAUUCCAAUGUCACCCUGCCGCCGCCGCUGCCGGUUUAGAAGUGCUCAAGAUCUUCGAGGAGGAGGACGUCGUCAAUACAGCUCUGAAGCGUGGCGCAGAGCUUCGCUCGCUCUUGAUUCAAGAACUCGGAAGCCAUCCGAAUGUCGGAGAUAUUCGAGGACGCGGUCUGUUCCAAUCGUUGGAGUUCGUCGCCAACAAGGAGACAAAAGAGACUCUACCAGCCAACAUUCCCAUCUCCAUGCUCCUCGAUAAUGCCAUCUUUGAACGUGGCGCUUUGAUCUACUCUGGCUUUGGAAAGGGAACCGCGGAUGGAUAUAGAGGGGAUCACAUCUUGAUGGCUCCACCCCUCAACAUUUCCAGUGCAGAAGUCAAAGAACUCGUCGAUGCUAUCAAAGGAGGUGUCGAAGAGGUGUUUAGUAGACCCGAGGUCGUCGCUGCGACACGAGCAGCAGUUGCUUCACAGUAGAUAAGAAGCAGGGAGCAGGGACAUGUAUUGAUUACG